GGGUGUCCUUUAGGAGGACGCGAGACGUGCUGCAGAGUGGACCUGCCCCGCUGGCGAAUCGUGAACCCAUCGAAAUAAACCCCGGGGCGAACGGCUUUCCCACUGAACACUGAAGCCGUGCCCUGAAGUGGCCGCCACAGUUUGACCCCGACCUGAGGGACCGUGCGUGAAAGAGAUCUGAGAGGCAGCGCUGAAGAAUGUGCGGGCGAACAUCCUGUCACUUGCCUAGAGAUGUUCUCACGAGGGCCUGUGCCUAUCACGAUCGCCAGGGCAGGCGGCAGCUCCCGCAGUGGAGGGACCCCGAGAAGUACUGCCCCUCCUACAACAAGAGCCCCCAGUCCAGCAGCCCAGUGCUUCUCUCCCGGAUGCACUUUGAGAAGGAUGCAGACUCAUCAGAGCAGAUAAUUUUUCCCAUGCGAUGGGGCCUGGUUCCAUCUUGGUUCAAGGAAAGUGAUCCAUCCAAGCUGCAGUUCAACACUACUAACUGUCGUAGUGAUACCAUAAUGGAGAAGCAGUCAUUCAAGGUUCCUCUGGGAAAAGGACGACGCUGUGUUGUUUUAGCAGAUGGAUUCUAUGAGUGGCAGCGGUGUCAGGGAACAAGCCAGAGACAACCAUACUUCAUCUAUUUUCCUCAAAUCAAGACAGAGAAGUAUGGUAGGAAUGAUGCUUCAGACAGCCCUGACAGCAAGGACAAGGUCUGGGACAACUGGAGGUUGCUAACCAUGGCAGGGAUCUUUGACUGCUGGGAACCCCCAGAGGGAGAGCGCCUGUAUUCCUACAGCAUCAUCACAGUGGAUUCCUGCAGAGGCUUGAGUGACAUACACAACAGGAUGCCUGCCAUACUGGACGGAGAAGAGGCAGUCUCGAAAUGGCUUAACUUUGGUGAGGUCACCACUCAGGAAGCUCUGAAGUUAAUCCACCCCGUAGACAAUAUUACCUUCCAUCCAGUUUCUUCAGUGGUGAACAACUCCCGAAACAACACUCCUGAGUGUCUGGCUCCUGCUGACUUGGUGGUUAAGAAGGAGUCCAAGACAAGUGGCAGCAGUCAAAGGAUGAUGCAAUGGCUGUCUACAAAGUCACCCAAAAAAGAAGCCCCCGAGUCACCCAAAAAGGAUGAGUCAGGUGUACCCCAGUGGUCCAGCCAGUUUCUACAGAAGAGCCCAUUGCCUACGAAAAGAGCUGCCACCAGCAGCCUCCUGGACCGGUGGCUGAAGCAGGAGAAGGAGGAAGAGCCCAUGGCCAAGCGGCCUCACUGAUACAGUAAACGCCUGUCACCACCAGUUGACUGGAAUUGUACAGUUGUGGGCCUAGCAGGGACAUGGCUACUGUGGGACUGCCUGAGAAAAAAAGGACUGGCUGCCAGGUCCUCUGUGGCCUCUACCCAUGCUGCCUCAGCUGGUACUGUGGCCUCCAGCUGGGAGCAUGUCUUCUGUUCUGGUGUUCCUGGAAGGAGGCUCUUCUCAAUCUCUGGGCUUUCUUUAGAAUUAAGUUCUUAAAGUGUAUUUUGUUAUAAAUAAAUUAUGUUUGAUAAACCUUG